AUGUACAUUGUGAUCCAGCAGUACGCUAUUCCGACGCUGGUGGGCUCGGUCAUGGCCAUUGACAAGCGCGAUGCCUUCUGGCUGUCCGAGCGCGUGCUGAAGCUGUCAGUGAUCAGUGCCGGUGUCUGGUUCCUCGGGUUCUACGCUAUCUUCCAUGCGGGGCUUAAUGCGUUGGCCGAGCUGUUGGGGUUCGCUGAUCGCGCGUUUUAUCUCGACUGGUGGAACUCGCGCCAUAUCAUGAUGCCUUUGGUCUCGGCGCCCCUGUCGCUGUCGCCCCACCUGGGUGUCUUGCUGACCUUUGUGGUUUCGGCUGUCAUGCAUGAGCUGCUGUUUGGCAUUCCGACCCACUCGCUCAAGGGGUACUCGUUCUUUGGAAUGAUGUUCCAGAUCCCCUUGAUCCAGCUCACCCAGUGGUUGGUGCGGUGGCGUGGACCCGAGUCGGGCCUAGGGAACGCCGUGUUCUGGAUAUCCUUCUGCAUUGUCGGCCAGCCACUGGGUGUCGUGCAGUACUACUAUGACUGGGUCAAGAACAACCCCUAG